GGAGCGCAGAGCGGGGAGGCCGGCCAUCCAUCGAUUCAUCGAUCCAUCGGCCGAUCGAUCGAUUGAUCGAUCGAUCGACCGCUCGUCCCUUCCCCCCGCCAGCCGAAUUGGUAUCGCUCCAGCGAAGAGAGCGUCAAAAUGAGCAGCCGGCGGAAACGUGCCCCUCCAGUGAGGCUGGAUGAGGACAAGAAGAAGGAGCUCUGUUGGAAUAUGCACGGAGACCGAAGGAAUGAAGAGCCGGCGUUGGGUGGAAGCAGUCAACCUGUUCCAGUUCCGAGCUCGUCGACUGCUCCUUUCAUCAUUAUUGACGAUGGACUAGAGGAGGAACUGACUCACAGGGAGAAAAAGAAACGCUCAAAGUCUGUUUGUUUCUCAGCGUUAACAGAUGAAGAGGAGGUUGGGUACAUCUCAUCCUCCUUAUCCACAGGGCUAAAUGUUGAAGUCUUCCCUCUUUCCUCAGACUGUACUUGGAGAGCGUGCCUGGGCGAAUUUGUCCUCCACCUUCUUCCUAUGCAAAUCUUAACUGACAAUUUCCAUGAAAGAAGUUUUACUUUGAUGCAGUCAGGGUCGAGUGGUCAGCUGCAGAUCCGCCCUCAGCCAAAGUGUGCGGAGAAGGGUAGCCAAGAACCUUUCAGUGAUUCCAAGAACCGUAUCUUGGUAGAGACUUCUUUUAGUAGUGAAAUGUUAGAAGAUUUGAGGUGGUUGCAGAAGAAGAGGGUAAUAGAACUUUGCCAAAGAGUUGAAGGAAGUCGUGACAUCAAGGUUGGGAUUUUUCUCUUGGAAGCUGGGCUAGCCAAGCCCACUUCUCUCAGUGAUGGAAGUGGAAGAAUAAAAAAAGCCUGCCGACUGAUUCAAAAAAUGAUGGAAAAAUUUUACAACUUUAUAAUUCCAGACGUCCUGGAGGAAGAUGAGGAAGUAUCAGACAGUGAGUUGGAGAGACAAAACAUUGAAGAGCUGUAUGAUUUUGUACGACUUACCCACCAGCGAGAAGCCCAGUACCUGAGGGAGGACGUCCAGCACCCUGCAUUGAUUCCUGUGCUGAGGCCAUAUCAAAGCGAAGCUGUUAACUGGAUGUUGCAGCGAGAAAAUUUCAAAAGCUCUCCAGCCAAUGAAAACAACCUACACUUUUUAUGGCGAGAGGUCAUUACACCAGAGGGAAUGAAACUCUUCUAUAAUCCAUUUACUGGUUGUAUCAUCCAGGAAUACCCGAAUGCUGGGCCUCAGUGGCCCGGUGGAAUCUUAGCUGAUGAGAUGGGCCUCGGGAAGACGGUGGAGGUUUUGGCUCUCAUCUUGACACACACCCGGAAAGACGUCAAACAAGGUGUCCUAACAUUCCCUGAGGGCAAAUUGGUGAAUUAUUUCAUUCCACCACAACCUACUGAAGGAAGCAAAAGGAAUAAUGCAAAGAAAGUGGAAUUAAAAUCAAAGGAAAAAAUGCAAUACCCCAGUUUGAGAGUGAUGAUACUAACAGCGGUGAAAGAAAUCAGUGUGAAGAAAGGAGUGUCCAUCAUUGCCAUCUUUAAGUACAUCAGUACCAUAUACAGGUAUGAUGUACAGAAAAACCGACGGCUUCUCAAGAGAACUUUGGAAAAGUUGAUUGCGGAGCAUGUAGUGGAACAAGUCAAAGGUCAUGGCUUGGCCGGAUCUUUUAAGCUGGGAAAGAAUUACACGGAGAAGCAGAGGCGAGAAAAAACCAAAAAACAGAUCACAAAGUUUCCUGGAAAUACUCAGAAGAGGCCCUCUCCUGAAGAUGAAAAGGACUCCAAAGAACCAGGGGCUCAAGACACAACUUCAAAAAGGAAUCUUAAUAUAGCCUUGCACCUAGACAUCACCUUUAAAGAGCAUGACUACUGUGUCGUCACCAGGGCCCAACAAAGAUUGAUGGAAAAGCUGAAGCAAUGUGGGAAUAAGCCCAGAGCCGAAGGUUUAAGCCCCGCCGAUAUGCACGCCCGUCUUCCCAGCACUGGUGCUGCCCCAGAUUCUCAGGAAACAAAAGUCCAACAAGAAAGUAGACUCAAGAAUAGGGAUGUAGAAUCCCAGAUCCAUGUGAGCAGCGGAGUGCCAAGUGUCAUUUCCGUAUGCCCAUUCCAACCGUCUGACUAUCGUUUUGAAUGCAUCUGUGGUGACCUUGGCCUCGUGGACUAUAAAGCACGAGUGCAGUGCUUGAACUGUCACUUAUGGCAGCAUGCGGACUGUGUGAACUACCAAGAGGAACAUUUGAACGUCAAGCCCUUUUACUGUCCCCACUGUCUCGUUGCAAUGAAACCAGUGUCCACGGGAGCAACUCUGAUCAUCUCUCCAAGCUCCAUUUGCCACCAGUGGGUAGAUGAGAUCAACAGGCACGUGAGGUCAUCGUCUCUGCAUGUCUUGGUAUACCAAGGGGUGAAGAAACAUGGCUUCCUACAGCCUCACGUGUUGGCCGAGCAGGAUAUCGUGAUCACCACGUAUGACGUCCUCCGGUCAGAACUGAACUACGUGGACAUCCCCCACAGCAAUAGUGAAGACGGGCGUCGCUUCCGGAAUCAGAAGCGAUACAUGGCCACCCCCAGUCCUCUGGUGGCAGUGGAGUGGUGGAGGAUCUGCCUCGACGAAGCCCAGAUGGUAGAGUGCACCACUGCCAAAGCUGCUGAAAUGGCUCUGCGCUUGAGUGGAAUCAAUCGGUGGUGUGUCAGUGGUACUCCAGUGCAGAGAGGAUUAGAAGAUCUGUAUGGGUUAGUGCUGUUUCUUGGCGUGGAUCCUUACUGGGUCAAGCACUGGUGGGAUCAACUUCUGUAUCGACCUUAUUGCCGAAGAAAUCCUCAACCCCUCUACAGUCUUAUUGCCAAGAUAAUGUGGAGAUCUGCGAAGAAAGACGUGAUUGACCAAAUCCAGAUUCCCCCACAGACCGAGGAUGUACACUGGCUUCACUUUUCUCCCGUGGAGAGACAUUUCUAUCACCGUCAGCAUGAGGUUUGCUGUCAGGAUGCCCUGGUCAAGCUCCGGAAGAUUUCUGAUUGGGCUCUGAAGCUUAGCAGUCUGGACAGGAGGACGGUCACUUCCAUUCUGUAUCCACUGUUGAGGUUGAGGCAGGCCUGUUGCCAUCCUCAGGCUGUUCGUGGAGAGUUCCUGCCCCUGCAGAAAAGCACCAUGACCAUGGAAGAGCUCCUGACAUCACUACAGAAGAAAUGUCGAACCGAGUGUGAAGAAGCACAUAGGCAGCUGGUGUGUGCACUCAACGGUUUAGCUGGCAUCCAUAUCAUUAAAGAUGAGUAUGUCCUGGCCGCGGAUCUGUACAGAGAAGUAUUGCGUUCUUCUGAGGAGCACAAAGAGAAGCUCAAAACCGAUUCCUUACAAAGACUUCAUUCUACACAUAACUUGAUGGAGUUAUUGAUAGCAAAGCACCCAGGGAUACCUCCUACCUUGCGAGACAGCAGUUUGAAAGAAGAGGCGGAGCAGCUUAGACAGCACUAUAUGAGUAAAUCCAAUGCAGAAGUUGCUGAAGCCCAUCAAGCUUUGCAGCCAGUUUUACAGACCAUCAAGGAGCUCCAGAGAAAGAUUCAUUCUGGAUCACCUUGGUGGCUGGAUGUCAUCCAGUCAGCAAUACAGCGUGCUAUUGACGAGGAGCUUGUUCUGCGCGUGCAAAAUGAGUUAACCAGCAACUACAAGCAACAAGCUCAGAAAUUUUCCAUGGCAGAUAAGUUCCGUGACUGCAGAGGUCUUCAAUACCUACUCACCACACAAAUGGAGGAGCUGAAGAAAUUUCAGAAGUUAGUAAGAGAAGCUGUAAAGAAUUUGGAAGAACCUCCCUCCAAGGAGGUGAUUGAUGCUGCCACCAUUUGCCACCUGCGACCCAUCAGACUUCCCCUCAACAACUGUGUCUUUUGUAAGGCUGAUGAAUUGUUCACAGAAUAUGAGUCGAAGCUAUUCUCUCACACGGUGAAAGGUCAGACCGCAAUCUUUGAGGAGAUGAUAGAGGAUGAAGAAGGCCUUGUAGAUGACCGUCUGCCCACUACAAGCCGAGGACUGUGGGCAGCAAGUGAGAUGGAGCGCUCUUUGAAAGCCGUGUUGUCUUUUGCCAAAGUUCACCGAUUAGAUAGCAGGCUAACUGAGGAGGGGAAUGCCUCGAUGGAACUCUUUGAAGCCUGGAAGAAGGAAUAUAAGCUGCUUCACGAAUAUUGGAUGGUUCUGAGGGAUCACGUCUCUGCUAUAGAUGAACUAGCCAUGGCUACAGAACGGCUAAGAGUGCGCCACCCCGAUGAGCCAAAGCCCAACCCUCCAGUUCUCCACAUCAUUGAACCACAUGAGGUUGAACAAAAUCGAGUGAAACUGUUGAAUGAUAAGGCAGUUGCCAAAUCCCAACUUCAGAAGAAACUUGGCCAGCUUCUCUACCUGACUAAUUUGGAGAAGUCUCAAAAUAAGACCACUGGAGGAGUGAAUCCAGAACCUUGUCCAAUAUGUUCCCGGAACCUCGGAAAACAGUGGGCUGUGUUGACCUGUGGGCAUUGUUUCUGUAAUGAAUGCAUUGCCAUUAUCAUCGAGCAGUAUAGCGUGGGUACCCGGAGAAGCUCAAUUAAGUGUGCCAUCUGUAGACAGACGACAUCACAUAAAGAAAUCUCUUAUGUCUUCACUGCAGAGACGGCAAAUCAGGAAGAUGAUAUUCCUGUGAAGGGAAGUCAUUCUACAAAAGUGGAAGCAGUGGUCAGAACUCUCAAGAAAAUCCAAUUUAAAUGUCCAGGGGCUAAGUCCCUUGUAUUCUCAACGUGGCAAGACGUGCUAGAUAUCAUUUCAAAAGCUCUUUAUGACAACAACAUGGUGUUUGCACAAAUAAAUGGAAUUCACAAAUUCCAGGAGAACCUCUCAGCAUUUAAAUAUGAUCCCAAGAUCAAUAUUUUGCUGCUGCCCCUACACACGGGUUCUAAUGGAUUAAACAUAAUCGAAGCAACCCACGUACUCCUGGUAGAACCUAUAUUGAACCCUGCACAUGAGCUUCAGGCUAUUGGGAGAGUGCACCGAAUUGGACAAACCAAACCCACCAUUGUUCACAGAUUCCUCAUUAAAACAACAAUCGAAGAAAGAAUGCAAACAAUGUUGAAAACUGCAGAAAGAAGCCAUACCAGCUCAUCGAUGAAGCAGUCAGAGGCCUCAGUCUUAACAGUGGCUGAUCUGGCAGACCUGUUUACUGAAGAAACUGAAGAGCUUGAAUGAAACCAGCUUAGUUUGAACUGUGCAAUCGAAGACCUGAAGGACUUUCCAGAGCAAACUGCGUUCAAGUUACUGACAAGUCUUAAAUUCCAGCAGAUGUCACCAAACACCGCUGUUACACUGGAUGAAUAGACUUCUCUUUAGGUUGGGCAAUUUCUCCUUUUGCACAGAAUUUUUCACCCAGUCAUAAAGGUAGUGGAUCUUACACUCAACAAAAAUGUUUGAUUUUGUUCCAGGGAAUAGGAGACUGAGUCUGAAGGAGAGGAACACUUUGUUUUUCUUUUAAAACAAUGAGUCUUAGAUAUUGUUGAAAUGAGAGGUAUGAAGAACCAGUCGGUAACCUAAUUUCUAGUUGUAUACUGAUCUAAAAUGUAGCCAACCCCGAUCUCCUUUUAGGAAAGACCUUGAAUCUCGUUAGCAUGCAAUUCACUUAGCCUUUCAUUAAUGUUUUAAGAAAACCAAGUGUUCCAACACAUCAGUUCUCAAAAGUUUUCAGUCCCGUGGCCUACACUUCCCCCCAACACAAACAGAAAUGAGGUCAGGAUCGCUACGCCGGGUAGCGUGCGAGUGAAACGUUCUGCUGGUAACGUCUUUUCUCAGUUUGGCCCAGAAGAGAUCCCAGGGGUGGUGAGUACAUAGCUGGGCAAGGCUGCAGAGCCAGAAGGGGAGCAGAGGGGAUGAGGGGGUGAGAGGAAUGGGAGAGCAGAGCUGAUCCCUGGAAUGGCGGGAAGCUAGGGGCCGGCAGAAGCCAGAAUGGUUUGGAGGAGUCCAGCUCCAUCAUCCUCGCUCAGAUUUUCUCAGAGGUUCACAGAUGAGAAGUCCAGCCCCCGUGGCGAGGUAUUUCUUUGUUAGUGUUAAAAGUGGGUUUGGAAUAUCGCAGUGAUAAUUCUAAAGUAAUCAAGUGUUAACAUCAACGUCUUGCAAAGUUUCUCCUCAACACGUUUCCUUUCUCAUUCAAUACAUUAAUAAGACAUGAUUUCUUGUCUACCUUGUUAUAGGCAUUUGAUUUUUUAAGAUAACGGAAUCUCUGGGCACCACUUUUUCUUAAUGGCUUCAGCUGGACAGCGCCGUUCAAUUUCAACAGUAUUUAAAUGGGUAUUUAUUCUUACUUUGACUGUUAUCAAACUUUUGUAAUUCAGGGUUUUCCAAAGUUGAGACUGUCUUUUUAUGUGUGGUAAGGCUAAGGUGUGUAAAUAAUUUGAUUUUUAGUUAAGAUGUCUGAAAACUGGAAAUAUGCCAGUAUAGGUUUUAUUUUCAGUUAUCACUUUCCCCCUUUGGGUGAUACUACUGCAUUAACUUUCUAACCUCCGAACGUUUCAUUCUGUUGUAUAGUUUGCACUUCGUCUUCCCUGUCAUGCAAAAAAGACUUUGGAACAAGUGUCAGGUUCAAAUAAAUAUUUGAAA